AUGGAGCAAAAGAUAAGCAUUUUUGGAAGGAGUUAUUCUCUUUAGUUUUUUGAAGAAGUUAUAAGUAAUCAGUAAGCACGACAAAUAAUAUUAUAGGCAAGUCAAAGGGGAACCAGUCCUAAUUUUGAUAUUUAGAAGAUGAGGCGAACAGUUGAUUAAAGGAUAGAAAGCUUAGUAGAAAUAGGAACAUUUUAACACUUUCUGAAAAAGGAAGCUUAUCAGUAAGAAAAGACUGAAGCAUACGAAUUAGUUGCCAAGAAGUUUCCAAUCCAAUUAGUUGUAAGAGGAGAUGGAAAUUGCUUUUACAGAUCCUUCAUAGUCAAUUACAUCUUUAAGAUAGUCUUUUAUCAGUUGAAAGAAGAAUUAUUCCAAUUUAUAGCAAAAAUAUGGAAUUUCAAACAGCUUUCGAUUCAAUUUGAAUUUAAUUAGGUUCAAAUAAACUCUGAUGAAUUCAAAAUACUUGCAAUACGUUUUUUAUUUGAUGCUUUUAUGAAAAAAGCUUCUAAUUAAAUGAAUGUUAUUUCGUUCAUUCAGACAUAUAAUAACUAGCCAGAGGUUGAUGUCAGCUUUGUUGUGAUCUGCAGAAACUUCAUUAACAAGUGUUUCAAGCUAAAUAAAAGAAACCCAUCUAAAAUAGGUUUCAUAGAAGAAUAAGAUUUACAAGAAAUUCCUGUCCUUCUAUAAACAUACGGAUCCGAGGCACAAAACACAAUAAUUCCCCUAGCUGCAAAUGCUUUUAAUAAUUCAGUGUUGAAUUUUUAAAACUUAUACAGAGACUAAGCCACUAAAAAAUUCUUAACAAGACUAGAUAUAUACAAUGACCUAAGUUCAAAGAAUGUUUAGAAUUAGUUAAAUGUAGAUGUUUUAUUCACUUAAGGCCAUUACAACGUUGUCUUUGAUUAAAUAUUUUGCUAAUUGCACUGUUAAAACAUUCUCGAAUAAAAAAAAGAUGAAUAAAAAAGCAUUAUCUAAUCUGUGUCUGACAAGAUACUUCACAUGUUUAUACCAAAUAAGCCUGAGCAAAAUCUGAUUCAUCAAAAUUACCAAUUUAAUAAUGGUAAAACAUAAAAUUAAGGAAACUAAAGCUAAUAAAUUUAAAACAAUAAUUUAGUAUAAGAGAACAAUUUUUAAAGUUCAAACCAAAAUUAGAGAGUAAGCAAUCGUUCAUUAUCCAAUAGCUAGUCAAAAUUAAGCUAAAGUUCUAGUUCAAGUAAAUUAAAAUCAAGAUCGUAAGGAGUAAAGCAUCCCUUUGAAAUUAGCUCCUAAAACAUACCAUAAAAUAGCAUUGAUUUUCAAAACGAAAGUAAAUAAAAUAGUAAUUAAGUUAAUUUUUAUGAUUAAAAUAAAAAUACCUCUCAAAAUAACAAACCAAUUUAAUCAUAUUAAGUUACAAAUUAUAUCUACAGUCCUUCAAUCAAUUUAAAUAAUAACAAAAAGAUCUAAUAAACAAACAGUUAAUCGUCAUAACAUUACCAAAAUAAUUUUAUUAAUGAUCAUUCUGAUAGUUUUUAAUAAACCAAUUAAAAUAAAUUUAAUUCCAAUUAAAUCAGUUUACCAGCUUCUAAUUCACACUAAAAUGUUUUUGAAAAACCAAAAAAUAAUUAAAACCAAUAAAAAUAAUCUUAUUAAAGUAUAAACUUCUCACAUAAUCCUCAAACAAAUAUAAAUAAUAAUCAAUAAAUUAAUCAAAAAAAUAGUUACAAUAGCAGCUCCUAAAGAGUUAAAAAUAUAGAAAAUUUAAACAUAUUAGAAAAUUAAAGCAGCGAAAUACCAAAAUCUAAUAAUAUUAAUUAAAAUUAUCAAAAUCAAGAAUUUUCUUUCUUUAGUUAAGUUCCUGUAUUUUAAACAGAUGAAUAAGAAUUUAUAAAUACUGAGAAGACAAAACAAAUAAAAACCAAACCUGUUUUGAGCUAAAGAAACUGCUGUGACAUAUGCAAAUAAAGUAAAAAUACUUAUGAUUUGCUAUAUGUAUGUGUAUGCCAAAAUUGUUUAUAUAAAAGCUUUCUAAAUUUAAAAGAACACAGUUUACAAAUUUUAGCAGACUUAUUUAGGUUAGUUAAAAACGAAAAAUUUUGCUUGAUAUGCUUUGCUUCAAUUCCAUACUCAGUUAGCAUUUAGAGGGAAAACUUAGAUACAAUUAAUCUUCUAUGUGGAAAUUGCUAAUAACAAAGUGAAGAACCUUUGUUUUUUAUUAAACUGUUAAAAUUUGUAUAAGAAAACACAUUAUAGCUGAGUAAUGUUGCUUAGUAGUAAAAAUUAAAUUACUAAGCCUGGGAGUAAUCUCAAAUCACAAAAACAUAAAAUUAAAAUAAAUUAUCUUUGUCUUAUUUGGUUUCUUUAUUUAAAGAGAAAAUUUAAAAUUAAAGUAGAUAAAAUGUAGACAUGUAUAGAGAAAAUUUAAAGUGUGCUAUGAGAAACAAGACUGAUGCUCAGAGAGACAGCUUAAUUGAGUUUCUUACUUAAACAAAUAGGUUCAAAGAGUUUUGCUUUGUUUGUGAAUCUAUAUCAGUUAAAUCAUUUGAGUUGCCUCUUCAAAAUGGCGGAUCUAUUAGAUUGUGUGUGGAAUGUAUACACGAACUUGAAAAUAUCUAUUAAGCAGUUGUAAGAAAUAAUGGUCUUACCUACUUGUACUGUAGCUUGAUUGAUUAAAUGGUCAUUCUCCACAUGCAAAAUCAGAAUUUGUCUUAUUAUUUCAAAAUUAAAAAUCAUUGCUAUAGCUGCUUGGAAGAAACUCAUUUUCCUUUUUAAGUUUCUAAAAACUUCUAGCUGUGUUUUAAUUGUCUCUCAAAUUAGAUGGAAUACUAGAAAAAUGAUGAUAAGCUAGUUGCUUUAAUUAAAAAGCAAUGUAAAUAAUUCUAAAAAUGUUUAGGAUGUUUCUAAAGUGUGAAUUUGGAUGACUCAAAAUUAGAUAGAGAUGUUUAUCUAUGUUAUGUAUGCUCGAAAUAUAACAUUGUCAAAGACGCAAAUCAAAAAUGUUACUAGGUUCUUAAUAGGGUUCAUACUCGUCACUUCAAAGUCUUUGAAAAAGAGAUUUGUGACUAUAUUAUUGAUGAAAAAGAAAAUGUUAUAUUUUUGACUGAAUCCUCCUCAGAAAAUAAUGAAGCUUCUGCAAUAGAACAAGAAGAGUAAGACCUUGACUAACUCAAAUAACAAAUUUUAGAUUGCCCGAAAUGUAAUUAUUAAGAAUUACCUAAAAGACUUUUAGACUCUAUCUAAUGCAGCUGCUAAUUUGAAAAUGAUCUAAGCAACAAAACAACUCAAAUCAGCGAGGGAGAGAAAGUGUUCUGCUUGUUCUGUCAUAACUACUUAAACAAUCUUGAUAAUAACUUGAGUUAUCAAUCGCUCUCAGCCAAGUCGAUAAUUUAGUAUUUUGACUCAUAAGAAAUAGAUGUGAAAUACUAUUUCAAACGCAAGAUUAAGCUUGUUAGAUGCUCUAAUUGUAAGCACUUGUAAUCAAUUCAAGAGUAAUACGAAAACUAUCUAUUUUGA